AUGGAGAAACAAAUGGAAGGCAGGCAGUCGGAAGGGCUGAAGACCGUCAUCGCAUUUUUGUGUUUAACGUUAGCCGCCUUCAUGAACUUCUUCCUGUUGACGGUGAUACACGAUAUAGUGCCCAGGGAGCCGUUGCCGGAUAUUGUAUUCCUUGCAAUACCACAGCAACGGUGGGCCUGGUCUUUUGGUGAUGUGCUGUCGACAGUCAGCUCUGUGAUGGCCUUCACCGUAGUGUUGCUUCACCGAGAUCGAGUCGUCGUUCUCCGACGAAUGUUCGUGCUCGGAGCAAUAUUGUACGGGCUUCGUGCGGUGAUUCUCGGCGUCACUUACUUGCCACCGUCUUUCCAUAAUAGGGACCAAAUCUGCCAACCGCAAGUGAAUCGAACAGCGUUGAGCGGUAUGGAAAUUGCCACGAGAUUUCUGACCUACGUGGUGACGCUCGGGCUCACCUCCGGGCAGGACAAGAUCCUCUGCGGGGAUCUGAUGUUCAGCGGGCAUACCGUGGUGCUGACGAUUAUGUACUUUGUGCAGCUACAGUAUACCCCACGGGGACUCGUCAUUCUGAGGUAUAUCGCGGCUCCCAUCACCUUCUUGGGGAUUGCCGCCCUGGUGGUGUCAGGCGGUCACUACACGAUGGACGUGUUGAUAGCGUACUGGUUGACGUCGCACGUCUUCUGGGGUUACCACCAGAUGUUCGAGCUGCCCAAGGAGAAACGCCCGCAUGCCCCGAUGAGCCGGUUAUGGUGGUUCUGGAUGUGCAACUGGCUAGAAAGUGACGUCCCGGAUGGUCCCCUAGAGAACGUACCUGUCAACAAAGGGCCAUUUGAAAAGGACAUGGAUAUGGGCAUCGCCGACGACUUCAUGCCGGCCUACAUCGUGAGGGCCAUCAGGGUGGACAAAGCGGAAAUGCCAUGCAAUCAGCAGGGAAUAUCAGCCCCGCAAAUCAACGUCACGCUCGUCGCAAAGGACUCAAGCUCACAGGAAGCUGAGGUGCCGCUGCCGUGCUUAUACAACUGCAAGGUGACCUUCCUGCUCCAUGCCAAUCGGAUGAUCCACAUCUACGUCUACUUUCAGUGUCCAGAUGGCCAGACAUCCACAGACAGGACGAAACUGUAUUUCCCUCUAACAGUUGCUGUUACCGAGCUUCCAAUCGAUCAAGAGGAAGCUAUCGCUGAUGCGGAGUUCCCGGAUUACAAACGCUACUUGGACGAUUUUGUAAAAGAAACCUGUGGUGCGGCCAAUACGUGUAAGGUGCCAAAGGGCGUAUGCCAAAAAUCAGCUCCGGGUUUGCAGUUGGCAUUCCAGGCAAGAAACGUUACGAACGUGCGCCGGGUUGCACAGGUGCUCGUCGAGGAUAAAAACCCAAAAAAGUUGUUCGCUUGCGGGACCUCGGGGGUCUGUCGAACCUACGCGACAAAAGGCUGGGUACUUUAUAUUUGGUGGGGCAAUUCGCGUAUGUUGACAAAAGCGGAAAUUGACGACUGGAUGGUGAAGACGAAAAACGGAGCCGGUCUGAUUGAGAGGUUCCGGGCGAAGAUCUUCGCGAAAAAGCUGAUUGGUCCGCACAACCCUUCGGAAUUCGAUAUCGGUCUGGCGGACGAUGUGAUGCCCGCAUACAACGUGUGGGUAUGGGAGGACAAUGAUUGGAAGAAAGAAUGCACCGGAGAAAUGGCUUCGGCCCCAGAGCUCGGCGGUCAAAUCAGGCACCUGGAGUGGCACGACAUCCAGAACCGAAUUUUUCUGGGCGACACAUUCUGUGUUCAUUUUUCAUUCUUCUUU